CCCCGCACCCCCUACCCCCCACCCCCGGGCCGCAGAUAAGCCCAGGCCCCGCCGCCCGCGGCCGCCGUCGCCCUGCCCCGCCAUGCCCGCCGACCUCAGCGGCACCUGGAACCUGCUCAGCUGCGACAACUUCGAGGGCUACAUGCUGGCCCUAGGUAUUGACUUUGCUACUCGUAAGAUAGCCAAGCUGCUGAAGCCACAGAAAGUGAUUGAGCAAGAUGGGGAUUCUUUUACCAUCCACACAUACAGCAGCCUGAGGAACUACUUUGUUACAUUUAAAGUUGGAGAAGAAUUUGAUGAGGAUAAUAAAGGCCUGGAUAACAGGAAAUGCAAGAGCCUGGUCACCUGGGACAAUGACAGACUCACCUGUGUCCAGAAGGGGGAGAAGAAGAACCGAGGCUGGACCCAUUGGAUCGAAGGGGACAAACUUCACCUGAUUGAUAAAUCUUACACUCUUCUGACAAUUGAAACAAAAUUAAGAAACUUGCCAUCACAAAAAUGUAAUAUGGAACUUCAAGGAAAACACAAAUACGUUUGAGGAUAUACAGGAAAUGUUCUGUGAAGGCCAAGUGUGCAAACAGACGUUCCAGAGAGCCUGAGCUGUAUCCAGCCACAGAGCCCAUGUGUGACUGCAGCUGAACAUUGAAAUCUAUCCCCAAAUGAACAGAUGUUCGUCUGUCCUGGUUUGGCGAUGGGAACUUGUGGUCGGAGAGAUGUCCCACAGCCUGUACCAGAAGUCAUUUACUCUAACUGGGGCAAAAUGGCUCCGUUUCAAUAAACCUGUCCAACAACCCUGACUUUUUUUCCUUCUAAA